AUGGAGUCACGGGAACUAACACAGGAUGAGCUGGAAAAGCAGAAGAAGAAAGAAGAAAAGGCUAAAGAAAAAGAGUUGAAGAAACUUAAGGCUGCGCAAAAAGCAGAGGCAGCAAAACUUCAGGCACAGCAAACCUCUAAUGCUCCCAAGUCAGGGAAGAGAAAGAAUGUAAAAAGAGAAGCCGAGGAGGAAAACCCUGAGGAUUAUGUGGACCCAGAAACACCUGUGGGUGAGAAGAAAAAGCUGUCUCGUCAAAUGGCAAAGACGUUCAAUCCCAGUGCUGUUGAGAAAUCGUGGUAUGCAUGGUGGGAAAAGUCAAAAUUCUUUGAGGCAGACUCUAGCAGCUCAAAACCACCUUUUGUCAUUGUUUCGCCACCUCCUAAUGUUCUGGGGCUCUACAUAUUGGCCAUGCCGUUGCUGCUGCAAUUCAGGAUACAAUUAUUCGCUGGAGAUGAAUGUCUGGAUACAAUACAUUAUGGGUGCGUGGCACGGACCAUGCUGGAAUUGCCACACAGGUUGUACCUUCAUAACUUUUUUAUUUCCUGUAACUUCUUUCCGGGAGAAUUUGGUUCUGGUACAUUGGCAUGA